AUGGAAGAUAAACCAAAGAUUACACUUUAUGGAGAUUAUGCAUCUUAGCCUACCAGAGCAUGCUACGUUUUCUUGAAAUACAAUAAAGUUCCUUUUGAAUUCAAAUAAGUAAGAGUUACUAAGCUUGAGCAAUAUUCCCCAGAAUUUAAGAAAAUUAAUCCAAACGCUAAGGUUCCAGCUCUUACUGAUGGAGACAUCAGUAUGUUUGAGAGUCAUACAAUUCUAAGAUAUUUGCAUGAGUCUAGAAAACUUCCAGAUCAUUGGUAUCCUAGAACUGAUUUUAGGGAAAGAGCUAAAAUAGAUGAAUACCUUGAUUGGCAUCACAAUGGGAUCAGACUUGGAGCAGGGGGCUACAUCUUUAGAAAAUACAUGUCAUCUUUAACAGGAAAGCCUGCUCCAAAAGAAUCGAUCAACGAGAGCUUGAUGAAUCUAAAGAAAUCCUUCAAACUUAUGGAAUAAUACUGGCUGAAAGAUGACAAACAAAAGUAUCUGCUUGGUAAUGAGCUUACUCUAGCAGAUUUUAGUUGUGCAUCAGAGAUCACUUAGAUUAUUCCUUCAAAUAUUGCUUCAAUAUUAGAUGGUUAUCCGAAAGUAAAGGCAUGGUUUUAAAGGAUCCUAGAUAUUUCUGAAUUCAACAAGGUACAUCAUAAAGCAAUAGCAACUCUUUCUAAAUACUUCUAGAUAAUUGAUGAUCAAGGUAAUAAGCCAAAACUAUGA